AUGGAGGGGUCCGUGACCCACCUGAAGCCCGCUUGCUGCACUCCUCGAGACGCAGGGCCUGACGCGUACCGUCCAGGAGUGGCAGCCGACCUCCCGGUCAGGCACUGCAUGGUGAAGCUGCACAACGAGCAAGAGCCCGUUACUCCGCCCUCUGGACUGUCGGGGGUGAUCGCGGUCCAACCCAGAGAAGCAAACCCGGAUCGCCCUCCCGGUCCCACUGUGACAAGCUAUGGAAUCGAACAGAAGCGGGACGCACUAUUUGCCAGCUUCUGGCACAAGAUAGAGGGUAUAACGCAGCUACAUACAUCACAACAGCCACUCAGCCAAUUGAAAAAGCAGCUGCCUCCAACUUGGAGGAACACUCCGAAGGUCUCAUUCGCAGGACAGACCUCAUCAUGGUGGCGGACCAAGCUGCACAAGAGGCGGGAACACCGCAUGAGACAACACCAGAGGCACACGGCACAGAGGAGAAGCAAAGCCCGAUAUGCUCACCUGCUCCACCCGACGGUACCCAGGAUCUAAAAGACCACAACAUCCCGCCCCCUCUCAGAUCCCCUCCAAGGACAACCGGAACGACGGCGGUCUUACAAGGGCGGUCUCACAUCAGAAUGGCGGCCAGCAAUGGCCCAUCCAUGGCCCACACACUGGGCUUCUGCACCAAGCCUCCAGAGUUGGCGUGGGAUGACUCACAGGAACUGCCACAAGGACUAAUCAUGAUCCGCAACAUACUGAAGCAGGUUCAGUCCAAAAUGUCUGCAGUUAAUAUUACUUAG